AUGAAAGGGAAAGUAGUAGCAUACUUCCUUAUCGACCAUUCCGUGGUCGCCGUGCCUCAAAAUUAUGUCGACUUCGUACCCUGGAAGUUAUAUUUCGAUGGAUCCAGUCACAAAAAUGGCACAGGGAUAGGAGGAGUCAUAAUUUCUCCAGAUGUAAUUUCAGCUGAGUUCAAGUAUUCAAUAGAUCGUAUGUGUACCAACAAUGAGGCAGAGUAUGAAGCUUUGAUAACCGGACUUGAACUGCUGCUAGAAUUGGGGGAAAGGAGCGUCAAAAUUAUGGGAGAUUCUGAGUUAGUGGUUAAGCAGGUCUCUAAGGAGUACAAAUGCGUUAAAGAGAACUUAAUCAUGUACUUUGUAAUUGCGAAUAAGCUAAUCAAGCGUUUCGACUCAACAAGUAUUCGACACAUAACCAGACGAGAGAAUCAAGAAGCUAAUGAUUUAGCACAAAAGGUAUCAGGAAACAAGAAAGAUGAAGACGAGGAGCCUGUUCAAGUGAGGAAAAAGGUUCGAGCAACUGUGUUAUCUCCCUCAGAUUUCUCAAUUAUAAAUUUAGGUGCAGUCGACGUCGAGAAUUUUGAAAUUUUGACUGUCGAUAAUGGACAAGAAAACGACUGGCGUAAACCGUUAGUAGAGUACUUACGUAACCCUACAGGUUCGACAUAUACGAAGAUCAAAUACAGAGCUCUUGAUUUCGUUCUAAUGGGAAACGAAUUGUUCAAGAAAACAGCUGAAGGAUUAUUGCUUAAGUGCCUAGGGGAAAGCGGAGCAUAUUUGGCCGUGUUGAACGUACACAAUGGAGCCUGA